AUGCAAGGCAGCACAAGCCCACAUCAAAUCUCUUUAGGCUACUUUGCUCACAGCCAGCAUAGCAUCGACUCCAAGAUGGCGAAAGCACGCCUGGUUUGUCUCCUGACUCUCCUCUCAACUCACUGCUACUUCAGCGUGUUAGCGGUCGUACUGAGGACAGACAACAACUCACCAUGGACGGAUGAGUUUGACAGAAUUGAAUUAUCGUGUUUGAUUGACUCGAUUUCCACUAACAGUCCCAGAAUCGAGUGGAAAAAGAUCAAAGCUGAGGGACCGAGCUACGUGUACUUUAACACGAAGGUUAUAGGUGACUUGGAGAACAGAGCGGUCAUCAGAGAGCCAGCCACGUUGGUGAUAACCAACGCCACACGAUUGGACACGGCAAAAUACCGCUGUGAGGUCACAGCUGCUGAUGACCAGAAGUCUUUUGACGAGAUUGUGAUUGACCUUGUUGUUCGAGUAAAGCCGGUUAUUCCAAAAUGCAGCGUCCCCAAAUCGGUACCUUUCGGGAAGUCAGCAGAGCUGAGUUGUAUAGAGGAGGAGGGCUUCCCGAAGUCUCAGUACCAGUGGUUCAAGAACAAGGAGGAGAUUCCUGACGACCCAAAGAGUAGCCACACAUUCUUCAACUCCUCAUACACACUCGACUCGGAAACAGGAAUUCUGAAGUUCAUCUCUGUCAGAAAAGAGGACGCGGGCGAGUACUUCUGCCGAGCAAGAAACGAUGCAGGAUAUGCUGAGUGUCCGCCGCAGAAGAUGGAAGUCUAUGAUAUUGAUAUUGUGGGGAUUAUACUCGGAGUGGUGGUGGUGGUCGUGGUGCUCAUAUGUAUAUCAGCAGGGAUCUGCUGUGCGUACAGAAGAGGCUACUUCGCAAGUCAAAAACAGGCGGGGAACAAUUACAAAGUUCCAGCAAAAGGCGAUGGCGUGGACUACGUCAGGACGGAGGAUGAGGGUGACUUUCGGCAUAAGUCUUCAUUUGUGAUCUGAACAAGGCAAGAUGACAUUAAGGUGCCAAGUGAAACGUGACGUGCGGGACCGGCAGUCCACGUCUCAUCACAGAGCCGCCACAGUUCAGGCUGCGAGCACUUGGCAUGACUGAUAUCCAACUUUCCAAAUCCAACAGUUUGCCAAAGGUGACAAGAUUCGACAGGACGACAGUUUGCAAAACAUUUCACAGAUAGGUUUUAUUUUUGCCGGCAAUUUGAAUCUUUUUUUCGGCUGACUUUCAAAUUUUUUGAUGGCAAAACUCAAAAUUCACCAUUAUCAAAAAAAUCCAGACACAUCACCACACAAUGCUUCAAACUUUUUUUUUCUACUGUUGAAAUUUGUCACUCUAUUUUUGAUGGAAUAUAUUUUAAAUGCCUAUAGAUAAAGGUUUACUUUUUUAAA